CGCGGCUGAUUCGAUGGUGUUGCUCUCUCUGUUGCCACCCGCUAUUUCUUUUUCCGGGUAUCUCCUCCGUGUAGGAUGGAGGGAAUCGCUCGGCGGCGCCAUCACGGCAUCUUGGCCCCGCUCCUUCCGUUUCGAUAGACAGUUCAUUCAGACUCGCUUGUGUUGUAGCUUGAAAACUAGAGAUAGUGAUAUAAAGAAAGCCGCAAAACAGUCCGAAAUUAUUUUCUUAGGCACAGGAACCAGUGAAGGCAUCCCUCGAGUUAGCUGCCUCACAAAUCCCUUAAAAAACUGCAUGGUCUGCCAAAAAGCAACUGAGCCCAGAAAUAAAAAUAGGAGACGCAACACAAGCAUCCUAAUUCGUUAUGCUAAUGAUAAUGGAAGAUUUAACAUUCUUGUUGAUGCUGGCAAAUUUUUCUACCACAGUGCUUUGACGUGGUUUCCUAUUUUCGGGUUGAGAAACAUUGAUGCAGUCAUUAUUACUCAUUCUCAUGCUGAUGCAAUAGGAGGUCUUGAUGAUCUUCGUGAUUGGACAAACAAUGUCCAGCCAUUCAUCCCAAUUUAUGUGGCUAAGCAUGAUUUUGAGGUUAUGAAAAUGACUCAUUACUACUUGGUGGAUACUAGUGUUGUUUUAGAAGGUGCUGCAGUCUCAGAGUUACAAUUUAAUAUAAUCAAAGAGGAGCCAUUUAUUGUGCACAAUCUCAAGAUAACCCCUUUACCUGUCUGGCAUGGCCAAGGAUAUCGUUCCCUUGGUUUCCGAUUUGGCGAUGUCUGCUAUAUAAGUGAUGUUAGUGAGAUACCUGAAGAAACAUAUUUGCUACUCAAGAACUGCGACUUACUUAUUCUGGACGCACUAAGACCGGAUCGUUCUUCGUCAACACAUUUUGGACUACCUAGGGCUUUAGAAGAGGUUCGAAAAAUUAGACCAAAAAGAACUCUCUUUACUGCAGGCAUGAUGCAUCUAAUGGAUCAUGAAAAAAUAAGUGAAGAUCUUGCAAAGUUGAAGAAAUUGGAGGGUCUUGAUUUGCAGUUGAGUUAUGAUGGUCUGACUGUACCAGUGAAUCUAUAAGCUAUGUCAAUUUUUGUUUGUGUUUAACAUUCCUUUUUCCCUUUCUAAUUUUUUUUUACAGACUCACUAUUAUAUAGGCUGAUUCCCCGAUGUUA